AUGAGCCCAAUCAAACGUGUUGGCGGUGCGGCUGAACCAGCUGCACAUACCGUGGUAGUCGACGACCAUCACCUGGAAGAAAAGUCGGCAGCGCCUUCGGAGGCGAUCGAGAAGAUGCUAGCCAUGAUAGGAGACCUGUCCGAAAGGAUGAACCGGAUGGAGGUCUUUCAGAGAGAGCAAGGCGGCAAGAACUGGCAGGGCUCACCCGAGUCGAGUAUCGCCAGUCGGCAACAGGAGGUCGGGGCAGGGAUUAAUCUCCAGACUUUGGACCGUACCCCUCCCAAGGAAUCCUUAAACGUGUCACCAGCAACCUAUUUCGGUAUUCGGCGACAACAACAGGCAGGUGUUGAAGGUCCUCACGCGAGAAAACCAGAGGAUGGAGUCAACAUGGGUCAGGCACCCGUCCCUGGGAUAUACCGGGCAGGUUUGCCUGAAGGACGCUACCCCGGUAUGGGUAUGCCUAACGGGGUGUGUGUUUACCCUGGGCAGCCGGGAGUCGGUAUGCCGGACGCGCAACAGCGGAAGCUGGCAUUGCAACCUUUCGACGGAAAGGAGCUCUACCACGGCCUUGGCUGUGGAUUCAUGGAGUGGGGCAAAGAAUUUGUCAGAAAAGUCGGGUUUGCUGAGCGAGCGUGUGGUUUCGUGUGGCUAGAGGACAUCAAAGUUGAUGUUCUAGGUCAGCACCUAGCCGGCAAGGCACAGACCUACUAUCGUCGUCAAGUGGAAACGUGGUGGUUUGAAAACCAAACCCUGGAACAUGCGAUGCAGAGACUACUGCAGACCUUCACGACGAAGAUCUCGCCAGCACAAAGCAUGAAGUUGUUCACAGCACCCAAGGCAUCCCAUCGAAACUGGACAGACCAUUUUCUGUACUUGACGACCGUCAGUGACGCCUGUGGAGGUGCAGACAACCUUGUGCUGGACAACAUCGUCCAUUAUGCUGACCCACACAUGCGAACGACGAUGUUGUCCAGAUUGGACAUUCAUCGCACCGAUUACCUGCGGCAAGCAGAAGAGCUGGCGCAAUUUGCCCAAUCGACGGAGGUGGACACUCACUCGAAGAGUUUUAGACGCGAUGUGGUGAACACUGUCGAGGUUGCGCAGGAGUUCAAGGACAAACACAAAUCAAGACCGUCGCUACCACUUACCGACACCCGGACUUGUUUCAAAUGUGGAGAAGUGGGUCACAUUCGUUCGAGGUGCCCCAAAAUGAAGAAAAAGCCCUCGGGUGCGAAUUUCGUUUUCGCGGUUGGUCGCGGUGCGGGUCGCUCGCCUGGACAAUGGAUUCUCGACAGCGGUUCGAGUAGACAUUUGGUCAAUGACCCGAGUCUGCUGACUGAUCCGAUUGAUUGUCGCAGCGAGUGCAUGACUGCAGCCACUGAUGGAAGUGCGCUGCGGAUCACCCUUCAAGGAACUGUAGACAUCCAAGUCGUUGCACUUGGAGUUGUGAACACAGUGAGGCUCCUCAAUGUUCAGUAUGCGGAGAACCUCGAGCGUAACAUCCUUUCCUACGGAUUGCUCGAGGCAAAAGGUUGCGUACUUGAAUAUCGAGGAGGGAGGCGCGUGUUGUCUUCCGGUACGGGCGGUACACCCAUCAUGGAUGUGAAAUGCUGCAACAACGUGUUAGUUGUCGCGGUGACAAAUCACAGUAUUCGUAAUUUCAAGCCACCACAAGAGGCACUGAUGACUGUCGUCAACCCACCUGAAUAUGAAUCCGAUUCGGAUGUUCUAUGCGGUACCUUGAUGGACUUUCAUCGACGUUUAGGACACCUAUGUUUCGACACGAUCGUCAAGAUGGCGAACGAUCCGGCAUCAUGCAUCCGAAUGACUGAUUCGACACGUCAAAAGUGUCUGGCCUGUGCCCAGGGAAAACAGACCAAGGGAGCCCAGUCGAAGAGAGAUACAGGCGCGAAUUCGCCAAUCGACGCGAUCGGGGGAGUCAUUUGUUCGGGCCUUAAGGGUCCCAUGACCCCCCGAGAUCGUUUGGGAAAUCGGUACAUGGUCAACUUCAUCGACCACCGUUCGAGUUAA